UACGCAAGUAAGAAACCAAAAACAAUCCAAAAAAGGCAAAUUCCUGUUCUACCUGAUCAAUACUACUAUAAAAUAUUCAGUACUAGUUUAAUUUUAAUCCAUCCUCCUCUAGUUGUGAUUUUCAGAUAUAUAUUUUAUAGCUUCAGCUUCAUCAGCGUCAGAGUCUAAAAGAGUCUCAGAGAUAUGAGCACUUUAACCAUUUCUUUACUUCCAUCAAAGCUCAACCCUCAAAAGGAAAGCUCUCUUUUUGUAUACAAAACUACAAGAAUACUGUCCAAAAACAGCCAAUCUCUACUUCCUGUGGCAAGGUUAUUUGGACCUUCUAUUUUUGAAGCAUCUAAGCUGAAGGUUCUAUUCUUGGGUGUAGAUGAGAAAAAACAUCCUGGAAAGCUUCCAAGAACUUACACACUUACACACAGUGAUAUUACUUCCAAACUCACUCUUGCCAUUUCUCAAACCAUUAAUAACUCCCAGUUACAAGGUUGGUAUAAUAGAUUGCAAAGGGAUGAAGUGGUUGCAGAAUGGAAGAAAGUUAAAGGGAAGAUGUCACUUCAUGUCCAUUGUCACAUUAGUGGAGGCCAUUUCUUGUUAGACUUUGUUGCUACCCUCAGAUACUAUAUCUUCUGCAAAGAACUCCCCGUGGUUAUAAAAGCAUUUGUUCAUGGAGAUGGGAAUUUGCUAAAGAAUUACCCAGAGUUGCAAGAAGCUUUGGUUUGGGUUUAUUUUCACUCAAAUAUUCCAGAAUUCAACAAAGUGGAUUGCUGGGGCCCACUCAAAGAAGCAUCCUCAACUUCUGGUGAAUUAGGUGAGACCCAAAUGGGAAAUACAAGUGCUACUACAACCACAAAUUGCAACUUGGAUUUACCACAACCUUGUCAAGAAUCUUGCACAUGUUGCUUCCCCUCAAUGAGUUUGAUUUCCUGGUCCUCUCAUUCUGCUCGUUUACAAACUUUACAAGAUUGAUGUAUUUUACUGUCCUUGUAGGACUGUAAAAAGAUAAUAAUUCUUUAUUCUAAUGUAAAUAAUUGAAAAAAUAGGCAUUUGGUUUUGAAGAAAAAACCGGAGAAAUUCCACGUGGGCUAUGAGUCUGCCUCUCUACAGAUAUAUCACACUUUGUCCACCAAAAGAUUAGAACUUGUUACUUGCACACAUCGUCCUUAUCACUAAAACAAAACAUGAGGGCUAAAGAUGUUGAUGCAUAGUAGCCAUGGGCUUGGAUUGUAUCUAGUGUUGCAGCCAUCCCACGUUUCAUUUUCUUGGUUUUGAUGUUUUUCAAACGAACAGUCACAUAUGAUAGGAAUGUACACCAAAAUGCCUACCAGUUAACAUGGAAGGAAUAGCAAAUGAAGGGCUGCUUGCUAUGAGAAUGUGCAACAUUAGUGUCUUUAUUUCUUUUACACUGAAGUUCUGUAUAACUUUUUUUCUUUUCAACAUUCAUAAAAAGCAGAGUAA